UGCUGGUGAAAUAAAAACAAACAUCGGAUCCAGGAAGAGAAGGAUGUGUUUGCUGAUGCACACUUGCUACAAUCCCAGACCUAGUUGUUCAGUUCUAUUCAUAACUAAAUUGUACAAUUAAUAUGGGAUCGGUGUUAGCCGUUACGAUCCAGAGGCACAGGAGGAAAAUAAUUGGAAGCACAGUUGAAACUUAGCUUUGACUCUAACUGGCUGCAGUUUGAACCAACAUGUGGGUGACAGCAUAUUUUGCCAUAAUUGUACUGCUGGUCCUCUGUGUUGGCCUGGAGUUCACAGCACGCCGCCUCACAGCACCUCAGUCCACACCCACAGCUGUGGCCAACCCGGCUUUCCGUCGUUUCCAGAGCAUAUUUCUGCGGGCAUACCUCCUGGCCUUGUGGGCAGACUGGCUCCAGGGUCCUUACCUCUACAAACUGUACCGCCACUACAGCUUCCUGGAAUCUCAAAUAGCUAUUUUAUACGUGUGUGGCCUGGCCUCCUGUGUCCUGUUUGCUCCUUUUUCAGGCUGGCUCCCUCAGGCCCUGGGGCGCAGACAGACAUGCCUGCUCUUCUGUGUGUCCUACUCUGCCUGCUGUCUCACCAAGCUAUCCAGGGACUACUUUGUUUUGAUUGUGGGCCGUAUCCUGGGGGGACUGUCUACAUCCCUGCUUGCCACUACGUUUGAAGCCUGGUACGUCUACAGGCAUGUAGAGGUCCACGACUUUCCAAAAGAAUGGAUCCCUAGCACCUUUAAUAAAGUUGCUACCUGGAACCACGGCCUGGCUGUGGGAGCAGGGCUUGUGGCUAACUUGCUGGCUGAGUGGCUCCACUUGGGACCAGUGGCUCCCUUUCUGCUGGCUGUACCCUGCCUUGGCUGCUGCAGUUGGCUGGUACUAACGGACUGGGGUAAGGAGGAGGCUGAACGAGGUUCUGAAGGAGACAAACAGACUCUGAUACUUGGCGCUGCAAAUGGAGGUGUUGCUCGUUUGUCUGCCAAAGAGCAAUUUUCACGUAGCUGCCAUGACGGACUGCGCUGUCUGCUGUCAGACAGGAGAGUCCUGCUCUUGGGUGGAGUGCAGGCUCUGUUUGAAAGUGUCCUCUACAUAUUUGUUUUCCUGUGGACUCCAGUGCUUGACCCUCAUGGCCCACCUUUAGGAAUAGUGUUCUCCUGCCUGAUGGCUGCUAGUAUGGUGGGCUCCCUGCUGUACCGCUUAGCAACUUCCACUCGUUAUCGUCUGCAGCCUGGUCAGGUGCUGUGCCUUGCCGUUCUGAUGGCCUUCUUCUCUUUUUUCAUGCUAACUUUUUCCACCGUGCCAGGGCAGCCAAGACCUCAUGAUUCCUUCCUGGCCUUCCUGCUACUGGAGCUGGCUUGUGGCCUUUACUUCCCAGCAGUAAGCUUUCUACAGGGAAGAGUAAUCCCAGAGGAGAAGCGUGCCGGCGUUCUGUCCUGGUUCCGACUACCGCUGCACCUGCUGGCCUGCCUGGGACUGCUGGCGCUCCACGGGGAAGUCUCGGGAACAGGUGGGGGAGAGGGCGGUGGCGGCACCAGACACAUGUUCGGAGGCUGCGCCGUCAUGAUGCUGGCGGCUCUGAUGGCCGUCAUUAGUCUUUUCACCCUGAGCAGAAAUGACACUGACCUGAGACUGGAGGGAUGCAGAGGGGAGGGGGAGAUGGAGUAAAGACUUGGGCCACAGAUCCAUUUAAGAUUGUCUGAUUUAAAUAUUUCACUUUUGUCAGAUAUCACUGGGGUAGACUUUGGUUCAUAUUAGCCAAAAAGGGAAAUCAACAAGGGGAUUUAGUAAAUUUAAGUUAGCUUAAUGUUUGCUUGUUAUUACUUGGUUAUUUGUGAAGCUUUAAUGCAUCCUGCCUGUCUAAGGAUGCUAUGGGAACAUGGCUACGUCUGGUUUCAUUUGUCAAACAAAUUCCUGAAAAGUUGUGGAGUGUCUCAGUCUUUUUAUAAAAUAUUACAGAUCAGUUAUACAUGGCUCCAUGUGUCAAACUCUAUGAUGCAAUCAAUUUAAAUAAAGUUCAGAACCUUCAUAAGGUUCAGCAGCAUAUAUGGUUUAUAAAAAAACACUCGAAAAACUUAGUUUACAUAGACUUGAAAGAAUAUCUGCAGAUCGAAUAGAUAAUAUUAGCAAUCUAAUGUAGAUCAGCGUUACUUUGCCUUUUCAGUUUCAUCUAAAUGUAAUGUUGGUAAAUGUUUUCUGAAAAUAUUUCUGUUCUUUACCCUUUUAAAUAAAAGUACACCUGUUGCCCGUG